AUGUCCAACCACGAACAGUCAAACGACAUCAUUGCCGAGCUCAGUGGAAAUGAUUACUAUCCCCCGCCCCCUCCACCACCAAAGACGUCGAUGUCACAGACACAGACACAGACACAGACACAGACUGUCCCAGUCCCGGAGCAGACAUCGACGCAGCAACUUCAUCCGUCUCCCCAGCAGAUUCAUCAAGAGCAACCACAGCAUCAACAUCAACAUCAAAAUCAAGGCCAACAAGCCCAACAGCCGCCGGCACAGCAGCAGCAGCAGCAACAACAACAACAACCACAAACAUACUUCCCGCCUCCGCCGCCCACACAGCCCGAUGAGAAGCAGUCCACGUCCUUUCCACAACUACAACAACAACCACAGAGCGCGUACACCAUCCCAGCAUACGACCCUGCCAACCCAGUCUUUGCACCGCCUCCAACCGGGCAAGAUGGCUCGCAGCAACAAUCUGGUCAAGAUCCUGGCCAGCCGUACUCUCAGCAAGACCACCACCACCAACAACAACCGCAGUACCACCAAUCUCCACACCCUGAUCAACAACAUGGAGACAAAAAAUCCGGCUGGGGCCAUCGUUUCAAGCAUCUUGUGAGCGCGGGCGCAGCCGCUCCCAUCAACAGUCUGGCACAUAAGCUUGGCAGCCAGAGCUUCCUACCCGAAACGUUGGACAAGGAGUGCGACAAGGCUGCCGCUAUUCUCAGGUCCUUCUGCACCAAAGGAGUCUAUGCCGACCCUGGGGCCGGCCAACCCCCUACCUCGACCGACCCCAAGGCACGGGAGUCAACCAGCGGCCUGAUUGAUCCCACCAAGGAGAAGCCCAAGAAUCGUGUCAUUGUCACCAUCCCGCCAAAGGUCAUCUCCAAAGCAGUCGGAUUAGCCAUUUUCACCACGCUGCGUGCUGGCUUUCAGGUGUCUGGUGCCACCGGCUCCGGUAUCUUGAUUGCUCGACUACCAGAUGGCUCAUGGAGCCCACCUUCUGGCAUUCAGGUUCACUCUGUCGGAGGAGGAUUCCAGAUCGGUCUGGACAUUUACGAUUGCGUAUGUGUCAUAAACAGCAAGGAGGCACUGGCGGCAUUCAUGAAUACCCGGGUGAGCCUAGGUAGUGAUUUGGCAGUGGUUGCUGGGCCAUACGGCGCUGGAGGUGCUGUUGAUUUCGGCGCAGCCAUGCAGCGUGGGAGAGACCAGACCGUUGGUAACAAGGUGACUGGCAGUUCCAAUACGCGGGGACAAGAACAACCGAACACUGCGUCGCCUCAUGAUGGGCAACAGCAACAGCAACAGCAACAGCAACAACAACAGCAGUCGAGUACACUCAAACCUGGAGGAGGGGACGCCAAGCGCCGGAGCCUCAGUUCGAGUGCAUUCCGGCCUGUAUUUUCGUACGUCAAGUCGAGGGGUUUCUAUGCAGGAAUUCAGGUGGACGGCACAGUGGUCGUGGAAAGGAAGGACGCCAACGCUUCGUUUUACGGAGCUGCUCUCACAGUCCAGCAGAUUCUUCAGGGACAAGUUCCUCCGCAGGGGCCGCAAAACAUGUGGCCCAUCGGUGCCAGCGUCUUGCUGGAGACUCUUGGAGGAGCCGAGGCGGGAGCUUUAGGUGACCACCAUGCCCCUCCUCCUCCUUCUCUCGGGGCUCCAGAGCAAUCUGGACCUGGUGAUGUGCCUCCAUCGAAGACACAGCCCGGGGAUACUGUGGCUGGGGAGAUGUCAUCCGGCGCGCCGCCGGCUUAUGUGGACGACGGAAGCCAUGGCCAUGUCGGUGAUGUGAAGUAUGCCUAG